AUGUCCAACGAAUAUGUUCCAGUUGUUGUACAUCCAGUUCCUGAAGAAUUAAAAUUUCCUGAUCAAAUCCAUUCGGUUACCCAGCUGGAACCCGUUCCACUAGAUGCUGGUCUAUCAGAAGCAGCUGGAGAUAAUUCCUGGGGUCUUCAUAUGGAACCGAGUACCUGGACGUUGAAUUUCCCGAUGUACAAAGGUCAAACUUCUUCUGACGGUUCUCCAUCUAGCUCCAACGCGUCCUACGAAAAACUGCACUGUGAAAGAAAAAGUAUAACAAAUGAAGAGAUCGGUGCAAGGAGGGUAAGACAGGAACUCAAAAAGCGAAAGGAGAGUAGAAGAAACGAGAAGAGAGCAAUUAUCAGAUGUCGAUUGAAGAUGAAUUGCCCGCCAGCAAAAUUUGAAGACGCUGUGGAGCACUUCAAGUCAUCUGAAUUAUAUAACGAUCCAUAUCUCAAAAAAGAAUGGCUGAAAAUGACAGAUCAGGAGCGGCAACGAUGGUUGGAGAAAGAAGAAGCUGUCUUUGAGGAAAUAAAGGUCCAGUUGAGACUUGGCUUUGUUACUAUUCUGAAAUACGAGCAUGAAGAGAUGGAUGCUAUAAAGAAGCUAGAAAUAAAGAAUCAAGAAGACAAAUUCUGGAAUAUUUUUGCUGAAAAUCUCAAGAAGUAUCCACGUCAUGAUCUUGAACCAUUCCCGUUUCAUAUUUAUUUUUGA